AGGUGGAUUUCCUUUUCCUGCUUUACUUAUUUAUUACAACCUUUAAUUUAGAUUUACUGACCGAUCUUUUCACAAAACUUUAUUUUGAUAUUAAGGACUGGAGGUUGAGUUGGUUGUCUCUGCAAUUGUUAUACCAGCUGCUGUCUGUCUGUCCACCCAUUUGUCCGUGGGUCCCCUUGGUCAAGGAUGAGGACUCUGGCCUUCGGGCUCUUUUGCCUGCUCUGCUGCGAUGCAGUCCGAGUGGACCACAGAGACAGGCGCCGUCCCAGACCAUCCAUCCUGUCCAGAGGACGCAACGACUCGGCCAUCCAGUCCAACUCAGUGGAGAGCCUGUGUCUUUCCCCAGAGAGCCUGUGUCUUUCCCCAGAGAGCCUGUGUAAAGGGAAGCCCCUGGAUUUUGUGUUCAUCAUCGAUAGCUCCCGCAGCGUGCGUCCCAGCGACUACGAGAAGGUCAAGAUCUUCAUCACCAACAUCCUGGCCUUCCUGGACGUGGGGCCGGAGGCGACGCGCGUCGGGCUGCUGCAGUACGGCAGCGUGGUGCAGAACGAGUUCUCCCUCAACACCUACAGCAGCAAGGCAGAUGUGGAGCGGGCGGUGAAGGCCAUGGACCACCUGGCCACCGGCACCAUGACCGGCCUGGCUAUCCAGUACACCAUGGAGACAGCCUUCACCGAGCCAGAGGGCGCCCGACCCGCCGACAUGCACAUCCCCCGCAUCGCCAUGAUCAUAACGGACGGGCGCCCCCAAGACACAGUGGAGGAGGUGGCAGCACAGGCCCGGCAGGCGGGCAUCCAGAUAUUCGCCAUCGGAGUGGGCAGGGUGGAUAUGAACACGCUGCGGGUCAUCGGGAGUGAGCCCCACUCGGAGCAUGUGUACCUGGUGGCCAACUUCAGCCAGAUAGAGACCCUCACCUCCGUCUUCCAGUCCAAUCUGUGUGGAGGUACAGAUCUGUGCUCUGUGAUGGACCAUCAGUGUGAUCACCUCUGUGUGAGCACCCCAGCCUCCUACAUGUGCCGGUGUAGAAAGGGUUACACCCUUAACUCUGAUGGCAAGACCUGCCAUGUGGAAGACCCGUGUGAUGUGGAGGACCAUGGCUGUGCCCACAUCUGUGCCAAGGUGCCAGGGGUACUUGGCUACGAGUGUCGCUGCCGGCUUGGGUAUGAACUCAACGAGGACAAGAGGACGUGCCGAAGAAUAGAUUACUGUGACCUGGGGAAUCAUGGCUGUCAGCAUGACUGUGUCAGCUCUCCUGAUUCCUACGUCUGUAGAUGCACGAGGGGCUAUGUUCUCAACCGCGAUGGCAAGACCUGCAGCAAGAUUGACCACUGUGCUCUUGGCGAUCACGGGUGUGAACAUGAGUGUGUGAACACUGAAGAUGUAUUUUUCUGUAAAUGCCAUGAAGGCUACAUACUCAGACCUGAUAAUAAAGCCUGCAAAAGGAUUGAUCCAUGUUCCCUUGGUAACCAUGGGUGUGAGCAUGACUGUGUGGACACUGAAGAUUCAUUUGUGUGUCGAUGUCGAGAAGGUUACAAACUCAGACCUGAUAACAGAACCUGCCAGAAAGCAGUGUGUGGAGAUGGAGUGAUGGAUCUGGUAUUUGUAAUUGACGGCUCUAAGAGCCUGGGACCGGCCAACUUUGAGCUGGUCAAGCGGUUUGUGAACGACAUCGUGGACUCUCUGGACGUGUCCGGCACGGGCACCCAUGUGGGGCUGCUGCAGUUCUCCAGUAAGGUCCGCACAGAGUUCAUCCUGGGUCAGUAUACCUCAGGCCGGGACAUCAACAGGGCCGUAUUGCGGAUGCAGUACAUGGGCAAAGGAUCCAUGACGGGUGCUGCCCUGCGUCACAUGUUUGAGUACAGCUUCUCUGCCAAGGAGGGGGCCAGGCCCGACAUACCACGGGUCAGCAUCGUGUUCACCGACGGACGAUCCCAGGAUGAUGUGUCGAAAUGGGCCACUAAGGCAAAGGAUGCUGGUAUCACGAUAUAUGCACUUGGUGUUGGUAAAGCAAUCGAAGAGGAGCUCAGGGAAAUUGCUUCCGAGCCAGAUGAUAAGCAUUUGUACUAUGUUGAAGAUUUUAGCAACAUGGGAGAAAUUACAGACAAAUUGAAGUCACGGAUAUGUAAAGAGAAACCCUCCCCUCAAGAUAUGUGUAAGUGUGAGAACAUGAUGCUCUUCCAGAGGCAGGUCAACGAACAGCUUAGGAGACUGACCCAGAAUAUUGAGGUUGUGUCAAAAAGGAUGGAGACCCUUGAGAAUCAGCUUGGACACAAAUGAAAAAAGAAAAAUCAGCUUGGACCCAAAUGAAGGACAAAGACAUUGUUUUCAUCUGUUUGUCCUCAACUGGCCUGCGGUGCAAGAGCAUUACUCAACUUCAAGGGAUAACUUUAAGCUAUUUCAACAAGCUACUGAAAUAUAAUAUGGAAUAUUUUCUACAGUAACUGCUAUUUAUAUUCUGAACAAAACUAUGCAUUUAUGCAUGUGGCUGUGGACUGGAGUAAGUAAAGCCAAAAAUACUGUAUAUCUUUGCUACAUUCAAGUAUCAAAAUGUGUUUAUUUUUAAAAGUAAAAUGUUAUUUGGCAGAUAACUGCAAUUUAUAGAUACAAAUAUAACUCAUAUAAGAUACAGUACAUUUUAUAAUGACAAAUCAAAGUAAAAUUACUUGUAUUUCAAGCUAAAUACUUUCUAUUGAUGUUGUGAAUAAAAUCCCUGUUGAUCUUG